AGUUGUUAAAAGGUGGAAAAUAGCUGCAAAGGAGCCGAGACUAGUACUAUGGGGUGGGUUUCAGUACAAAGUAGAGUUAAUAUUGGGUUGGCAUGUUUGUUUAUAGUGAUGUGGAGUGUGGGUGGAAUUGGGGUGAACUGGGGAACUCAGUCAACUCACCCUCUGCCCCCAGACACCAUUGUAAGGUUGCUGAAGGAAAAUGGGUUUCAAAGAGUGAAACCUUUUGAUGCAGAAUAUGAUACACUUAAGGCUCUGGGUAACACUGGGAUUGAGGUCAUGGUUGGAAUCCCAAAUGACAUGCUUGCUACCCUGAGUGGCAGCAUGAAGGCUGCUGAGAAAUGGGUUGCAAAAAAUGUCACCCAACACAUCACUUCCAAUAAUGUCAACAUCAGAUAUGUAGCUGUCGGUAAUGAACCUUUCUUGGAGACAUAUAAUGGAAGCUACCUUGAAAUAACCUUCCCUGCUCUUCGGAACAUCCAGGCUGCACUGGUCAAAGCCGGCCAUAACAACCAAGUAAAAGUCACUGUUCCCCAAAAUGCUGAUGUUUAUGCAAGUUCAAGCGGCUUGCCGUCCGAUGGGGACUUCCGUGCUGACAUCCAUGAGGUCAUGCUUACAAUCGUCAACUUCUUGAGUGUUAGUUCUGCUCCUUUCACCGUGAACAUCUAUCCUUUUAUAAGCCUCUACGCUGAACCCAACUUCCCGGUUGAGUAUGCAUUCUUUGAUGGCAAUGCAUCGCCGAUAAAUGAUGGCGGGACAUCGUAUACCAACAUGUUUGAUGCUAACCUCGAUACCCUUGCACGCGCGUUACAAAGGAAUGGAUUUUCAGAUCUGCCCAUCAUAGUUGGGGAGAUUGGAUGGCCCACUGAUGGAAACCGGAACGCUAACAUAGAGUAUGCUCGACGGUUCAAUCAAGGUUUAAUGUCUCACAUUUCAGGUGGGAGAGGAACCCCAAUGAGACCUGGACCAAUAGAUGCAUAUUUAUUUAGCUUGAUCGAUGAGGAUGCUAAAAGCAUUGCUCCGGGAAAUUUCGAACGCCAUUGGGGGAUUUUUACUUAUGAUGGGCUUCCCAAAUACCCUCUGAACCUUGGUACUACAAACUCAGGAGCUUUAGUUCGUGCAAAUGGUGUACAAUACUUGCAGAAGAAGUGGUGUGUGAUGAACCCUUCUGCCAGACUCGACGAUCCAUCGGUGGCACCAAGCGUGGACUAUGCAUGCUCGUCUGCUGACUGCACUAGCCUUGGUUACGGUACAUCUUGCGGGGAUCUCGAUUCUAGGGGGAACAUUUCUUAUGCCUUCAACAGCUACUUUCAACAGAAUAAUCAGCUCGAUGAAGCCUGCAAAUUUCCGAAUGUUUCAGUGAUCGUAAAAACCGAUCCUACUCCCACGGUUGGAAAUUGCAAAUUCAAUAUAAUGAUCCAGCCCUAUAACGGAUCCGCUGAACGGAGAUUCGGGUAUGUACAGAAGCCAUCGGGAAUGAUUUCUUUUCUUGUCCUCAUUUUGCUGUUGGUUCUAUGAAAAUUCGUAGGACUGGAAUCCUGUGAGAUAAAUGGUACUAAUGUUGCACUUUGAAGCUAAUUAACUUUGAAUCUGUAAAGCAUGUUAUUUGAC